AGGCUGUCUCCCUCCAUCAAACCCCAGAGUCCUGCCGCAGUCUACAGCUGUGUAACACUCCGUCCUCUCUUAGUGUCCUCUCCUGACCAGCAGACAAUCAUCAUGUAUGGAACUGGUUCUAUUGUCAGAUCAACCCGCAGCUACACAUCAAGUGCUGCUCCCCAGAAGGCGCACAGUGUGUCGAGUUACUCACCAUCAACCCGCAUCGCUUCUACCCAACGUUUUGUGACCUCUUCAAGCAUGGGUGGCAUGGGAAUGGGCCUGGGAAUGGGCCUGGGGAUGGGCGGCGGCGGUGGCUUUGACCUGUCCAGCGCCCUGGACCAGGGCACAGCAAACCUGAAUGAGAAGGCCACCAUGCAGAAUCUGAAUAACCGUCUGGCCACCUACCUGGAGAAGGUCCGUUCUCUGGAGGCAGCCAAUGCCAAACUGGAGAAGCAGAUCAGAGAGUACUAUGAGAAAAAAGGGCCUGCAGCUGAGAGGGACUACAGCAAAUACUGGGACAUCAUCAACAACCUGAGGGACAAGAUCCAUGCUGCAACCAUGGAAAAUGCCAACAUCCUGCUCCAGAUUGACAACUCCAAACUGGCUGCUGAUGACUUCAAAACCAAAUUUGAGCAUGAGCUGAUAAUGCGCCAGUCUGUUGAGGCUGACAUUGCCAACCUACGCCGCCUGCUCGACCAGACCACCCUGACAAAGGCUGACCUGGAGAUGCAGAUCGAAGGCCUGCAGGAUGAGCUGGCCUACCUCAAGAAGAAUCACGCAGAGGAGCUGGCAGCACUCCGUUCUCAGCUCACAGGCAAUGUCAACGUGGAGGUAGAUGCGGCACCUCAGCAAGACCUGAACAAAGUUCUGGAGGAGAUCCGUGCACAGUAUGAAUCAAUUACUGACAAACAUCGUCGCGAUCAGGAGGCCUGGUUUAAUGACAAGUCGGCAACCCUGACAAAAGAGAUAACCAUCCACACAGAGUCAAUCCAGACGUCCAAAACAGAGAUCAGUGACCUACGGCGCACACUGCAGGGCCUGGAGAUUGAGCUGCAGUCUCAGCUUAGUAUGAAAGCGGCUCUGGAGAACACACUGGGAGAGACAGAGGCUCGCUACAGCGCCAUGCUAGCCGGCUUCCAGAACCAAAUCAACAUGCUUGAAGGAGAGCUAGCCAGAGUUCGCGCCAGCAUCGAGCAACAGGGCCAGGAGUACAAGAUGCUGUUGGACAUCAAGUCAAGGCUGGAGCAGGAGAUUGCAACAUACAGGAGCCUGCUGGAAUCAGAAGAAUCCCGACCAAUUGCUACAGGGGGCUCAAAGACCACAGUCACAACCACCACUGUGCACACUUCCAAGUAGGACCUCCAGCUGGCAGGACAAGCUGUUCUUAGACACAUGCACACUCAUACACACAUACUCCCGCUAAUGAAAGCUAUUUUAUGAGAGGAAACUGUAAUGAAAAUGUUGAAAACCCCUGUGUAAAAGUUCACGAAACAAGUUUGCAAAUCAGAGGAAGAAAUUCUUGAUGUACUGCGUGCAUUUGUGUGUGUGAUGUCUCUGAAAAAUAAAUCUGUCAGUGAAUAUAA